GUUGAAAUCAUAAUUCAAUAUAGUAUCAGAGCACGAAGAUCAGUGUCUUCCUUCUUCUCGGUAAUACAAGGAAAAAAACAAAUCGGCCCAGCCCAUUAACUCAUCUUCACGCCGCCGACCUGGUCUUCUACCAAUCGGCCAUGGCUUCUCUCCCCUCUGAUCCCAUGGAUCGUCUGCCUACGGAUCUAAAAUUGUUUGUCCGGGACUUUGAGUCUCUAACUCCGGUCAAACUUGAUAAUACCAAUUAUCUCUCUUGGUCAGCUUCGGUUCGCGCAAAUCUCAUCGCUCAUCGUCUCCUCAGUUAUGUUGAUGGUUCUGAAGUGCCUCCUCCAUCUCUAAUUUUGGACGAGAAAUCCGCCGCCCCUGGUAAGGAUGAACCGCCGGUUAUGAAACCUAAUCCUGCUUAUGAUUCAUGGGUUCUCGUUGAUGCUCAGAUUCGAGCAUGUCUUCUUGCUAUUGUUUCUCCAACCAUUCAGACUCAUAUGCAUGCUCUUCCAACCUCUGCUGCGAUCUGGAAUCAUCUAGAACAACGGUACAAUUCUCUUUUGCGUACACAUAUUUUUCAAUUGAAGGAGCGCUUGCGUAGCAUUCAAAGGGGCACUGAUUCAAUGCAAACAUAUCCGGACACUAUCCUUACUAUUGUCUCCUCUAUGAAACUGGCUCAUGAGGACAUCUCUGAACAAGAUAUUAUCCUGUGUGUACUUCGUGGCCUCUUGGCAGACUACGCCUCGUUCAAACAGAAUAUUCACACUAAUAUUGCAACAAUCACCUUUAAUCAAGUGUCUGCGUGGUUGCUCUCUGAAGAAUUAAAUCUGGCUUUUGAGAAGAAACUGCACCUUGGUGACUCUAGUUCUCCCUCGUCAACAGAUCUUCACCAUGCAUUAUUCACCAACUCUAGACGGGGCACUGGCCGGGGACGUGGCUGUGGUGGGCCCUCCUGUGGUAGCUGCUACAGCGGUAGAGGAGGCCGGCAGUCCUCACCAGCGUGGUCGCGGUGGUGGACGCGGGGUCGGCAUCACGUGUCAAUUGUGUGGGAAGACUUGCCAUGCGGUCUGGAAUUGUUAGCACCGCUACGAUGAAUCUUAUUCCGGUCCUCCACAGGCAUACUACACCAACCAAUCUUCUGAAACCAAUCCGAACUAGCAUCUGGACACUAGAGCGAAUGCUCAUGUGACAUUUGAUUUUUCUCGGCUGCAUACUUCUUCACCU